AUUUUUUUCACGUCCUCAUAAACAAACCGAAAGAUGAAAUUUUUCAAAUGUCAAUGUUACUUCAAAAAGAAUAUUUUCAUCAAGGAAUUCAAUUUACAUAUAACAUUUUUGAAUCGAGAGCAGUUUUGUAAAACAUAUAGAGAGAUAUUAAGAGACAGAGGUUGUAAAUCUGAAGAGCAGGUCAAUACAAUCAUCUCUCAGAUAGAAAAAGAAAUAGAGCGCAGAGAGAAAGUUAAUGAGGAAUCUAUGAAGAGGAAACAAUUUAUAAAAGAAUUCUACAAACCUUUACAUCCUCACAUUUAUACUUUAAAGGCAGAUUACUUUCAUUCUGGGUUCCUGAAACUUGUUGAUGUCUGUAAGAAGCCAAAUGUGAAAAGCACAGAAGUUUUGGAGUUAAUAACAACAGAAAAAGCUCAGAAAGUGUAUAGUUUUCCAGUGUUUACAGAAGAAUUUUGUAGAUCAUUUUUAGAAGAAUUAGAAUGGUUUGAGAAGAGUGAUUGCCCAAAAGGAAGACCAAAUACAAUGAAUAAUUAUGGGGUUUUGUUGAAUGAACUUGGUUUUGAUGAACAUUUUAUGACAUUAUUUCGUGAAGAAUAUCUCCAACCAAUAUCAACUGUCUUGUAUCCUGAAUGGACAGGGCUCAAACUUGAUUCACAUAAAGCUUUCAUUGUGACAUAUAAGGAAGAUGAAGAUCUUGACCUUGCCGAUCAUUUUGACAACAGUGAAGUUACCAUUAAUGUUUCCUUAGGAAAAGAAUUUACUGGAAGUGAACUUUGUUUCAAAGGUAUGAAAUCGAGUAAUGAUGAUAAAAUAACUACAUAUGAAAAUAAAACUGGCAUAGGAUUGCUGCAUAGAGGACAGCAUAUUCAUUGUGCGGCACCAUUAAAGACUGGAGAACGGUAUAAUCUAAUUAUCUGGAUGAGAUCGUCCAGUGUCAGGAAUCAGUGUUGCCCUAUGUGUAAUGAUAAACCAGAGCUUAUAGAAGCUGAUGGUUUUGGUGAUGGAUUUACUGCAGAUACUAUUAAUGUUUGUAACACAUUAUAAAUAAAGUGUUUUAUGUUU